AUGACAUCCACCAGCAACCAGUGUGCUGUCUGUUCCAAACCGGGCAAGCUCUGCGCCAGCUGCGAGAACAUCCACUACUGCGGCCCCGAAUGCCAAAAGGCUGAUUGGAAACUUCACAAACUGCUCUGUCGCUCUUUCAAGGACUUUCGCGACUCUCCCAUCCACAAGCCGUCUCAUCGCACCCUCAAGAACUUUCACAGCCCUCCAGUGACUAUGAUGCGUGUCAUUGCCUUUCCCAUCAACAGCACAAAGCCAGAGUUCCGCUGGAUGCCCAUCAAGGAAGGCACCAUCCAACGUCCCGUGGUAGACAAAUACUUUGGCCAUGACAAACCUCUCACCGGAUUCGUUAGCUUUCCCCUUGAUCCCAGGACUGGCAAGCAAUUACCCCUUCGCAUCACAAUCCAAAACCGCGACUCCUUCUUGACCGAUGGUUCAUUACCCAACAGAGCUUUACUCCAACUCACCGAGAACAAUCUUCACCAGAAAUUCGCCGGACCCGUCCUCGUCUACGGCAAUGCCCUCGAGUCUGAUGACGGCACCAACAUUGCUUGCGUGAACUUGGACACCACACACCUCAACAUCAUCAAAGACUGGUUCACCAACGGGUUCUACACUCACCCAAACGAACCUCUCUACCAACAACGAUUCGCCAAUGACACAAAAUGGUUCGAAUUCGGCAUCCCUGCAGAAGUCGCAGGACAAAUGAACAAAGACCUCCUCGCAGCAGGCGAAAAAGUUCCCCGCUUCCGUCCUGAAGACUUUGGAACACCUGAGUUUUGUCUGUGGCAUGAUAGAGUGGGACGAUACAAGCAAGAGUGGGCUGUGAAGAAGCAGAAUGAGGAAGUCGCUGGUGGCGCUAAGUCUGUCAAUGAUUUUCUCGCGGCUAUGAGUGAAGAAGAAGAGGCUUGGAGGUCGGAGAUGAGGGUUAGUGGUCGUGUGGUCGGUUUGGACGUUGUAUUGCCAUGA